AGGGAAUUAAUCUCCUGAACAACGAAGCCCAGAAUGGCCAUAGCCCUGGAACCUGCAGAACAGAACGGACUUCUGGUAGUGAAGGUAGAGGACCAUUCCUGGAGUCAGGACUCCAUCUCACAAAAGAGCAGUCCUCACAGGAGAGAACUCUUCAGACAGCGCUUCAGGAAACUCUGCUAUCAGGAUUCACCUGGCCCCCGUGAAGCUCUUACCCAGCUCUGGGAACUCUGCUGCCAGUGGCUGAGACCGGAGUGUCACACCAAGGAGCAGAUUUUGGACCUGCUGGUGCUGGAACAAUUCCUGAGCAUUCUCCCUAGGGACCUGCAAGCAUGGGUGCAGGAGCACCAUCCAGAGACUGGAGAGGAGGCAGUGACUGUGCUGGAGGAUCUGGAGAGAGAGCUUGAUGAACCAGAAAAGCAGGUCUCAGCCAAUUCAGAAAGACAGGACAUAUUCUUGGACAAGUUGGCCCCCUUUGGAAGGCCACAUGAGUCACUAACUAUCCAGCUCCAUCCCAAGAAGACCCAGCUGGAGAAGAAAUCCCAAAGGAAUGGUGAUAAAACCAGGACUAAGCAUCAAGAGUUGACCCAGAAAGAGGAUAUGCCCAAAAACAUGGAGACCCUUGGGGAGAUAAACAACAGAUUUGAUGGAGCCAUUCCUCAGCAUCCUGAAUCCAAUGAUGCUCCUGAAAGUGGGAGCAGAUUACAGUGGCAACAAAGGGAAAGAAGACGAUAUAAAUGUGAUGAAUGUGGAAAAAGUUUCAGUCAUAGCUCAGACCUUAGUAAACACAGGAGAACUCACACCGGAGAGAAGCCCUAUAAAUGUGAUAUGUGUGGAAAAGCCUUCAUUCAGCGCUCACAUCUUAUUGGACAUCAUAGAGUACACACUGGAGUAAAACCCUAUAAAUGCAAAGAAUGUGGAAAAGAUUUCAGUGGGCGCACAGGUCUUAUUCAGCAUCAGAGAAUCCACACAGGUGAAAAACCUUAUGAAUGUGAUGAGUGUGGGAGGCCUUUCCGCGUGAGUUCAGCCCUUAUUCGACAUCACAGAAUUCAUACAACAAACAAACUCUAUUAAUAUGCUGAAAGUACAAAAAUUCCUUCAGAUGCUCUGGCCUAAUUAGUUAUCAGAGAAUAUCUUAGAGGCUUUAUGAGUAUCCUGAAUGUGGGCAAAAUUUAAAUCAUUAUUAAAAAUUUCUGUGGUACCAGAGAA